AUGAUUAGAGAUUUGUGUUAUCUAGACCCAUGGAAUGUAAACACCUCAUAUCUUAUGAUAAUUCACGAGAUUUCCCCUUUUAGGGCCCGCCCAUCCCCACUGAAACUCCGCCCCCACUUGGGGAAGGACGGCGUGCAAAUUGUACCUCACUUCAAGUGUUCACUUCUUCUUUCUAUUUUUAGAAAAAACAUCACACUCGAAAUAAACAUGAACUUUUCUCUAUUCCUCACUGCUGUCUUCAUGACUUCAUUCGUGGUUUCUAAACCAACCACGACCACAACUGAGAAACCAGAUGACUCCUUCGAUAUUGACCUUUUCCUUGGUGCAAUGGGAGAUGGACAUUUCGCUGAUGGAACUGGAAAUUUCGAUGGAGUCGUUCCAACGACUCCAAAGAAAACCGAAAAGCUUCCAGGCCAAAAGAAAAUCAAGGAGGAGUUUGAGCAACCAGACGGAGUUGUUCCAAAGAUGACUGGAUCCUUCGUCACAGAAGAGCCAAAGUCAGCUGCCAAAGCUGCUGAUGAUGAGGAGACCGAUGAGGACUACUUCGGAGAAUCUUCAGUUGGAUCUGCUGUUGCCGGACCAGUCACCAACCCAGCUGCCACUUACCUCGAGGGAGCUGAAUUUGAGAAGAUUGCUCAGCCAUCUUGCCAAAUGCUCGGAUGCACUGGACCAAUUCCAAAUGACGGCUCAUACUCCGCUCUUUCUGCUACUUUGGACAACAAGGCCUGCAAUCAAAUUUUCGUUCCAAUGAAUGGAUGCACCGACAACAAGGGAUACCCAAUGGGAAUGCUGUGCUCAGUCUGCUGUGAUUGUGCCAACGCAUUCGUUGUGGAGAUGAAGAAGACCUUCGGAUACAAAUCCAACAUUCCAACUUCAACAUUCAACUAA